CCGAACUACACCAGUUCGCUUUGUUCAGUAACAUUAGCUCCGGCAAAAGAUGGUUCGAAUGAAUUAGGUGUCGUUCGAUUAGUAUACGUACAUCACGUGCCGUCCGCGAAGUUUAUCCCAAUUAAAAUAAUGGUCUUAGACGUAAUGUACCUCGAACGGAGGGCUGCGGUUCUUUUCAUUUGCUUUUUCUUGUCGUCUGUUUUUCUUCUCGAAAUUCGGGGACAGACGAAAACCAGUGGCGACCCGUGCACUGUCCAUCAAACGUGCGGGGCUUGUAUCAGAACUCCGAAAUGCAUGUGGUGCGGAGAAGAUAGGCAACCGAGCGAUCAUUUGGGCGUUGGUUCGCCGCCGCGAUGCGUUCGGCAGCAAGCUGCUGGUGUAAAAGGUGGAAAUUGGUGCCGUCCGGAGAUGAUUGUCGAUCAAACAAGCUCAAUGAAGAUCUUGAAAGAAUACCCUUUUUCGUCGAUAAAAGAUAAACAGGUCCAGAUAAAGCCGCAACGUAUGAAAUUGGUCAUGCGUCGUGGCGAAGAACAAACUUUCAGUGUAUACUACAAACAGGCAGAGGAUUAUCCGGUCGAUCUUUAUUUUCUCAUGGAUUUGUCCGCUUCGAUGGAAUCCGACAGAGACAAUCUAUCGCGUCUCGGACUUCAACUGGCAAAGGUCAUGAGAAGAUUGACUGCAAAUUUUCGUCUUGGUUUCGGUAGUUUUGUCGAUAAAGUCGUACUACCCAUGACGUGUACACAACCGGAAUGGGCAUCUAAGAUGUGCAAAUUGUUGAACGGCAGCGCUUGCGCGCCGUCUUAUGGGUACAAGAAUCAAAUGCCGUUAACGAAUAAUGUCAGCAAAUUUGAGGAAGAAGUUAAGAGCGCGCCAAUUUCCGGGAAUCUAGAUCUUCCCGAAGGAGGACUGGACGCUAUAAUGCAGACGAUUGUUUGCUCUAACGAAGUAGGAUGGCGAGAUCACGCUCGGCAUUUAUUGGUGUAUUCCAGUGACGAUACAUUCCACAUCGCGGGAGACGGAAAGCUCGCUGGAAUUGUGGAGCCUAACGACGAACUUUGUCACCUCGACAAAAAUGGUUUUUACACUCACGCGGAACUUCUGGACUAUCCCUCGAUUGCCCAGAUCGAAAAACAAGCCCACGAUCACAACGUGAAUAUAAUAUUCGCAGUGGUUCCCGAAAAAAGAGAUAUAUACGAGCUCUUAAGUUCCCGCAUCAAUGGCUCGUCCGUCGGGAUUCUUGACGAAAAUUCUAUGAACGUUGUUGAUCUUGUCACGGGGGAAUAUGAGAAACUUACCAACGUGGUUACCAUGGCGAGCAACGCGAGCGGUAUGCUGGAAGUGAAAUUCUUCAGCAACUGCCUCGAAACUGACUCGAAAAAAAAGCCGCAAGAAAGAAACCAGUGCAGUGGAGUCCGAGUGGACACAAUACUGAAAUUCGACGUUACCAUAAAGGCCACCGAUUGUCCGGAAAAUCCAGAAGACUGGCGUCAGACCAUCGAAAUAAAACCUCAAGCAGUUAACGAACGGCUGAUCGUGGAUGUCGAAGUGAUCUGCGAUUGUCCGUGUUCGAGACCAGGUCAUCAGAAUUUUAUUCCGAAAUCCGACAAAUGCAACGGAAACGGAAAUCUGACGUGCGGGACGUGCGCUUGCGACGAGGGAUACUUUGGAAAACAAUGCGAUUGUCUAGGGGAUAACGUCGCCGUCCAGUCCGCAGAGACGAUGGUGUGUCGUGGCGACAAAUCUACGACAGCUAAGGUAUGCAGCGGUCACGGAGCCUGCGUUUGCGGAGCCUGCAGCUGCUACGCCGGACCGAAAGAAGGGGAGAAAUUUUACGGGGAAUUUUGUCAGUGCGAUAAUUUUUCGUGCCCUCGAUCCGGUGGACAGGUUUGCGGUGGUCCAGAUCGAGGACGUUGCGAUUGUAAAUCCUGCGUAUGCCAAUCGGGAUGGGGAGGAGAAGCUUGCGAUUGCAGGACAACGAAUUCCACCUGUUAUCCCCCUGGAGAAAAUAGCAAAAUUUGCAGCGGUUUUGGGGACUGUAUUUGCGGGCAAUGCGUCUGCGAUAAAACCGAAGGAAGAGGCGGACAAUUCUGCGAAGAGUGUCCGACGUGUCCCAACCAACGUUGCGACGAAUUGAAAGACUGCGUGGAAUGUUUCGCUUAUCAAGAGGGACCCGAAUUCGACCUGGGACCCGAUUGCCCGAGGUGUUUGAACAUCGAUGUCGAGACUGUCGACAAACUCAGCGAAGAUCCCAAUGCCUACAACAAAGAUACCCACGUUUGUCCGAUGCCGGAUUCUUCGGGAGGCACCUUCAUUUUCAUAUACACAACGACCAGGGGCGACACGAGCAUAACCGAAGUCACGGCGGAGAAAGAAAAGAAGCAUCCGGCCCCCACAGUCAGCGCUUACAGCGUUGCAGGGGGCGUAAUCGGACUGACAUUGUUUUUGGGUCUUCUGGGACUUUUGAUUUGGAAAAUUCUGACCAUGUUCCACGAUCACAGGGAAUGGGUGAAAUUUGAGAAAGAAAGAGUCAGCGCCAACUGGGGAAGGGGCGAGAAUCCGCUGUUCAAGGCGCCAACUUCAACAUUUAAUAAUCCAACGUUCGGCGAGAAUACUAAAAGCUAGUUUGAAAUAUGAAAUCCUAUGAAAAUAAAAAGAACUAACAUUACGGUAGUAAUUUAUGUAAUAUACUAUGCAAACAACGUUUCUGUACUAAAC